GGGGCGCGCCGGGGCCGCUGGUCUCCCACGGCCAGGGCGCCUGGGCCCCAGAGCCCAUCAGCCGCGUGCAGCGCUGCGGCCUCCAGCGCGCCGGCAGGCAAGCGAGCGGGCGCAGCUGGGGGAUGCCUGGACCCCGGAGGCAGCAGGGCUGGAGGCGGCGGCGGGCUUCAGGGCAACUUCACCCGGCCGGCUGCGGCGUGGACAUCCCAGUUACCAGUGUCCUUGAAUUGAUAGUGGCUUCUGUUUGUCAGUCUCAUAUAAGAACUACAGCUCAUCAGGAGGAGAUCGCAGCAGGGUAAGAGACACCAACACCAUGUUCUGCACGAAGCUCAAGGAUCUCAAGAUCACAGGAGAGUGUCCUUUCUCCUUACUGGCACCAGGUCAAGUUCCUAACGAGUCUUCAGAGGAGGCAGCAGGAAGCUCAGAGAGCUGCAAAGCAACCGUGCCCAUCUGUCAAGACAUUCCUGAGAAGAACAUACAAGAAAGUCUUCCUCAAAGAAAAACCAGUCGGAGCCGAGUCUAUCUUCACACUUUGGCAGAGAGUAUUUGCAAACUGAUUUUCCCAGAGUUUGAACGGCUGAAUGUUGCACUUCAGAGAACAUUGGCAAAGCACAAAAUAAAAGAAAGCAGGAAAUCUUUGGAAAGAGAAGACUUUGAAAAAACAAUUGCAGAGCAAGCAGUUGCAGCAGGAGUUCCAGUGGAGGUUAUCAAAGAAUCUCUUGGUGAAGAGCUUUUCAAAAUAUGUUACGAGGAAGAUGAAAACAUCCUUGGGGUGGUUGGAGGCACCCUUAAAGAUUUUUUAAACAGCUUCAGUACCCUUCUGAAACAGAGCAGCCAUUCCCAAGAAGCAGGAAAAAGGGGCAGGCUUGAGGACGCCUCCAUUCUAUGCCUGGAUAAGGAGGAUGAUUUUCUACAUGUUUACUACUUCUUCCCUAAGAGAACCACCUCCCUGAUUCUUCCCGGCAUCAUAAAGGCAGCUGCUCACGUAUUAUAUGAAACGGAAGUGGAAGUGUCGUUAAUGCCUCCCUGCUUCCAUAAUGAUUGCAGCGAGUUUGUGAAUCAGCCCUAUUUGUUGUACUCCGUUCACGUGAAAAGCACCAAGCCAUCCCUGUCCCCCAGCAAACCCCAGUCCUCGCUGGUGAUUCCCACAUCGCUGUUCUGCAAGACAUUUCCAUUCCAUUUCAUGUUUGACAAAGAUAUGACAAUUCUGCAAUUUGGCAAUGGCAUCAGAAGGCUGAUGAACAGGAGAGACUUUCAAGGAAAGCCUAAUUUUGAAGAAUACUUUGAAAUUCUGACUCCAAAAAUCAACCAGACGUUUAGCGGGAUCAUGACUAUGUUGAAUAUGCAGUUUGUUGUACGAGUGAGGAGAUGGGACAACUCUGUGAAGAAAUCUUCAAGGGUUAUGGACCUCAAAGGCCAAAUGAUCUACAUUGUUGAAUCCAGUGCAAUCUUGUUUUUGGGGUCACCCUGUGUGGACAGAUUAGAAGAUUUCACAGGACGAGGGCUCUACCUCUCAGACAUCCCAAUUCACAAUGCCCUGAGGGAUGUGGUCUUAAUAGGGGAACAAGCCCGAGCUCAAGAUGGCCUGAAGAAGAGGCUGGGGAAGCUGAAGGCUACCCUUGAGCAAGCCCACCAAGCCCUGGAGGAGGAGAAGAAAAAGACAGUAGAUCUUCUGUGCUCCAUAUUUCCCUGUGAGGUUGCUCAGCAGCUGUGGCAAGGGCAAGUUGUGCAAGCCAAGAAGUUCAGUAAUGUCACCAUGCUCUUCUCAGACAUCGUUGGGUUCACUGCCAUCUGCUCUCAGUGCUCACCGCUGCAGGUCAUCACCAUGCUCAAUGCACUGUACACUCGCUUCGACCAGCAGUGUGGAGAGCUGGAUGUCUACAAGGUGGAGACCAUUGGCGAUGCCUAUUGUGUAGCUGGGGGAUUACACAAAGAGAGUGAUACUCAUGCUGUUCAGAUAGCGCUGAUGGCCCUGAAGAUGAUGGAGCUCUCUGAUGAAGUUAUGUCUCCCCAUGGAGAACCUAUCAAGAUGCGAAUUGGACUGCACUCUGGAUCAGUUUUUGCUGGCGUCGUUGGAGUUAAAAUGCCCCGUUACUGUCUUUUUGGAAACAAUGUCACUCUGGCUAACAAAUUUGAGUCCUGCAGUGUACCACGAAAAAUCAAUGUCAGCCCAACAACUUACAGAUUACUCAAAGACUGUCCUGGUUUCAUGUUUACCCCUCGAUCAAGGGAGGAACUUCCACCAAACUUCCCUAGUGAAAUCCCCGGAAUCUGCCAUUUUCUGGAUGCUUACCAACAAGGAACAAACUCAAAACCAUGCUUCCAAAAGAAAGAUGUGGAAGAUGGCAAUGCCAAUUUUUUAGGCAAAGCAUCAGGAAUAGAUUAGCAACCUAUAUACCUAUUUAUAAGUCUUUGGGGUUUGACUCAUGGAAGAUGUGUAGAGCCUCUGAAAGCACUUUAGGGAUUGUAGAUGGCUAACAAGCAGUAUUAAAAUUUCAGGAGCCAAGUCACAGUCUUUCUCCCAUUUAACAUGACAAAAUGUACUCACUUCAGUACUUCAGCUCUUCAAGAAAAAAAAAAAACUUCAAAAGCUACUUUUGUGGGAGUAUUUCUAUUAUAUAACCAGCACUUACUACCUGUACUCAAAAUUCAGCACCUGUACAUAUAUCAGAUAAUUGUAGUCAAUUGUGCAAACUGAUGGAGUCACCUGCAAUCUCAUAUCCUGGUGGAAUGCCAUGGUUAUUAAAGUGUGUUUGUGACAGUGUCGUCGAAAAAAAGGUUUUUGAAUAGAAAUUACAUUCUUUGACACCCUCAGUUCUUUCAAACUUUCAACUCUGCAUUUUAUUGCAUUUUCUCAUUUAACUGUUAGUAUAUGUUUGAAUAUAGGCUGACUUUUUUUCUCUAUUGCACUUUCUUCUUUUUUUCUUUUUAGAAAAUAAGCAAUUAGGGGUUAGAUGCAAUAUGAAUAUAAAAUAGUUCUGUAAAUACCAAAUAUUAUUUUUAGUUCUGGAAGUUAAAAAUACUCUCCAUAGUAACGUGUGUUAUAAUAAUAAAUAUUUCUUUUGUUUGACUUUUUUUAAAUUCUACAAUGGUAAGAGCUAUUUUAAUCCAUAUUAGCAAUUUAAUUCCUAUUAAUUCAUUUUACUAUCAUAAUAGCAAAGUAUUCAGAAUAAAAGAGGUUUAUAUCUUCUAUUAAAAUGCAGUAAUACUAUUCAAAUCUAAUUUAGCUGGAAGCAACAUGGGAGUAAAGUAAUCAUCCAGGGGACCCACCAUAAAGGACAUUGGUAAAACAUUUACACACGUAAACACACGUGCAGGCACACUUGGAACAAUAUGGACCUACUUCAGCAGACAUCUUCUGUUGCCAUGCUGAGCCAUUUAAAGUUUUAAGAAGAAAAUCUAAGUAUGGAAGUAGAAAAUAAGACUUGUUCUUUUGGUGGAUAUCUCAUUUUUCUUGAGUAUUUGUGCUGAACAUUUUGGUGUAUGUCUAUGAACUAAGAAUCAAGUUUUUGUCUCAUUAAAUAUGCAUAUAUGAAGUGUUUUUAUUCUACUUGAAAUAUCUUGAUUUAAAAAAAACGACUGUUAGUACUGAUGAAGCAAAUGAGGCAGUGACUACAUUAUGGAGAUGUCUAAGUAUUUUUUCCGGAACUUCAACUUUUUCUUUUUGUUUUACAUAAACAUUUAAGCAGCUAGGAACUUUUAUUUUUAAUUAGGUCAGUUGAAGUUCUCUAGUGAACAAAAAAAUCUACAUUUUGGUUGGAGAUAAAGAUUUGAUUUUAAAAACAGCUCGAAUUUAAAGCAAGAAAAAGGUGAACGUUAUAGUUUUAAAAUCAAUAUUAGCAGAGCCAUAGAUAGGCUGAGCUCUUAUUUGGGGUUCUGAGAAAUAACUCAGUUUAAAACUUCUUUAACUGCCUCCAUUAGUACCCAGGCUAGCCCAUGGUGACAUCAGGGAUAUUCAUUACUGAUUGGCCUCUAGUAUUCCAAGGGUACUACUAUAGAUAUUACAAUGAUGCUGUUUACUAAGUGAUAACCCCAUAUCUUACAGGACUGACUUUGACUCAAUAAACCACUCACCCUAUUAUUGGAAAGUGCCAUAGGCCUUGAGAAAGUAUAGUUACAUCCUCACAAAUGUAUGAAGUUAAGUCACUACUUACAAGGAAAAAAAAAUGUAAAUACAUUUUUCUUUCUGGAACCGAACUCUUAUUAUGGGGAAAUAAUAGAAAUAAAGAAAAUGUAAAAGCAUGAAAUGGAAUGUAGUCUUGAUCAAACAUUUCAGCAGACCUCAAUUUGCUUACAAUCUGUACUCAAAAAGUUUAUAAUUCAAUCAGAAUUCAAAAAGUAUUUUGUGUGUUUGUGAUGUAUUAGCAUAUACACAAAACAAAUGAGGGGAAUGUAUAUAAUCUUGGUGAAAAGUUGUAUGGGAGUUUUUUGUACGAUUCCUGCAACUUUUCUAUAAACAUGGCAUUAUAUCUAAAUAAAAAAUUACCAAAAAACAUA